GAUUGUUUCUACUCGCAUGGAAUGCAGUCAUUUUAUAUGCUUCUAUCAAGUAACGGUUCUCAGAUAUAUAGUAGACCGUGCCAGAAGUAUUGAUGUCAGUACAAUUUAUAGGCUAUCAGAAUGAAGAUCGAAACAUCAGCCCUACAAGUACCUGUGAGGAAUUUUGAUGGACUUGCACAGGAUAGUGCGCUUAGAAAACAUGGUAACCUAUUCAAUGGUAUGUCUAAGCGCGCGUUAGUUGUAGGCCCAAGCAGAUCUGGAGAAACUAAUGUAAUGAUCAUUUUGUUAACACAUCCUAAUGGAUUGAGAUUUGAGAACGUUUAUCUGUACUGCAAGUCGCUGUACCAACCCAAGUACAAAUAUUUACGAGAACUACUAACACCGCUUCGCGAAAUAGGGUAUUAUGAAUACAGUGAAGAUGAAAACAUUGCGACCCCAGAAAACAUCCAAAACAUCCGUAAUAAUUUUUGACGACGUUUCAUCAUGUAAUCAGGAUAUAAUAAGACAAUAUUUCAGUUUUGGACGACAUCGUAAUACAGACUGUUU